AUGAAGACGAAGGAUGACUGGACACAAGAUGUCGAUGAAGAUGGGUGCGGGUACUGCGACGACAACCAGGUGGUCAAGCGCAAGGAGCGCGGAGCUGCGCGUCAGGUCACCGUACACUACGGAACGAUUACGUCGGACAAUUGCGUUAUGAGAGAUGCUGAGGCGAGGGAUAGGCAUGCGAAGGACAAGAAGCUCAAGGUGAUGUGCUUCGAGAUGGAGGCCGCCGGACUGAUGAACAGUCUUCCGUGUCUGGUGACUAGGGGAAUAUACGACUACUCGGACACUCACAAAAACGACGAGUGGCACAACUACGCGGCCUUGGCAGCGGUUGUGUAUGUGAGGGAGCUGCUCCUUGUCCUGAGAGGACAGAAGGUGACGGGCAUGCCUUCGUGGGCAAAGGAAGCGCAGCAUACCAGCUCGAAAUCCACCCAGGCCGUUAGCAACGGCGCCGAGCUGUCGGCUGGGAUGCUCGUUUGCUCGGCCUUUUGUACCGACGUGCCAUUCGCCUUCACCUGGCGCCCGCACGAGCUGUAUCUGACCAUUAGCGACGACCGUCUUCGCGUGUACCAGGUCAUUUUCCCUAGGGUACAGGCGCCUUCCACCAGUACAAAUUCCGCCGAGCAGAGAACGAACGAGCUGCGCCGGACGUUCACGGACGUGACGCCAGAAAACAAACCUUCGGCGCUCUUCAAUAUCCGGGUGCCACGGGAGACCAUACUGCUGCCGCGCUCGUCGCGCAAUCGCGCCGUGCAGUUCUUUCCAGCCGAGGAGCCCUGCGGUAAUGCAGCGGUCAUCGUUGGGCCCCGCUACGGCCCCACCCCGGCACCUCCUAUCGGCGUCUACCUGAGACCUGUCGACCUCGGCGGCUGGGUUAUUGUGGAGGAGAGCGGAGCGGGGGAGACGGUGUUGUAUGAGUCGGAGACGAAGUUAGAAGGACGGUUCCCGGAGAUGUGGGAUAAGAGUGACUGGAUCUUUGCCCCUUGUGACGGCAACUAAGUUUGUUGGUGCGGUCUGCAGGGCGACGUGUCAGGCGUCCCAGGCGGGCAUCUUCGGGAGCUGUCGCUGAGACUGGGACCGAGAAGCAUGGCAUGAGCUCUUGAAGGAGAUGGGCUUCGUGCUUGUCUUGACGCUUACUGUCGCGCGUGAUAUACUGAUUUGUUGAAAGAAAUGAAUCUCGGUAAGAUACAUUCGAGCAGACUAGGUCCUUGGUUGGCAGGGCUGUGUAUGAUGUCUGGUCCUCCUUAGAGAAGGGUGUGUGCUGGGUUGCCCAUCUCGCCAACCCCAGCGACAACGGUGUACUUGAAGACUGGAAAGUCCACUAAAAAAAAUGUAGGGCUGGAUGACCGGAUCCAUGAUGGCGUGCAAUGUCUGGUGCUUGGCUUAUCCCCUCCACAGAG